GCGGGCAGUGCGCCUCUGACAUCGUGGCGCGCGGUCAGCGACAUCAACACCGGCGCAAACGGGCAUUUCGAAAAUUCGAAAUUCGAACGUGAAGUACAUGGUGCAGUGAAUAAAAGAUAGUGCCAUAAAAAAAAAUGGUUUGCAAAGUGACGCCAAGGAUGGACACCCCUACACAUAGGAGUGUUAAUAAUGAAACACAAGACGUCCAAAUGCAGGAAGUGGUCGACUAUGAAACUGCUCUGGAUUUAGCCGGUUACGGCCACUUCAGCCGGAGUGCGCUUGGUGCGUGCGCGUGCGCAUUUUUCACGACGGGCGUGCAGAACUGUGUGAUGUCUUACGUGUUACCAGCGGCCAAGUGUGAGCUGCAACUCACUACGUACCAGGCGGGCCUUAUCAAUAUGGCUUUUAUGAGCGGUGGAGUUGCCAGUGCGUUCUUUUGGGGGAUAGUGGGAGACGUGUUCGGCAGGAGAAGCGUGCUCAGCGUCACCUUACUAUUGGACGCUGCUAUCACGCUGGCUCAGAGCACUGUACCUGAUUACAGGCUACUGUUGGCUGCACGGACCAUUAAUGGAUUCCUAAUAGGUGGCCCGUCUACUUUAGUAUUCACGUACCUGUCUGAUUUGGUCGGCGUGAAAAAGAGGCAGUUCUACCUGAAUAUAACAGGAAUGAGUUUCGUGGCUGCUUGGCUUGUGUUACCAGCUUUUGCGUGGCUCGUGAUACCAUUCCAUGCAUCAAAUGCAACAAGCGUCCUCCCCACGUACUCCUGGAGACUGUUUCUCGCGCUGGUCAGUUUGCCAGGCUUCAUAUCUGGUUUCUGGAUAUUGUACCUACCUGAGAGUCCAAGGUUGCUGUGCGAUACCAACAGGAGUGAGAAGGCGUUAGAAUUGUUAACCCUGAUACAUAAUAGUAACAAUGGAAAGACAUCCGAGUUUAAGGUAAAGAAAUUAAUACAAGAUAACAUACUUGUAACGAAAACGUUAAAUGGUGAGCAGAAUAGAACAAAAGCCUUAUUUGUAGGCGUGUUGAAGGACUUGAGGAUGUUCGUGUCGAAGAGUUAUGCGCUCAAAUCUAGUCUGAUAUUAUUUGUUUUCUUCGCAAAUAUGGCUGCAGGUUUUGGGCUAAACCUUUGGAUACCGGAGUUGCUCCUGCGAAUGCAAGGGCGGGAGUGCAAAUUGGCGAGUUUGGUUGAGAGCACACGACUUCUCAAUGCCACCAGGUGGACGGAGAAUAAGCUUGGGAUUACUGGUACAGAAUCUGUGGCUGGUUACAACGACAGCAUUAACGAUGUAGGGCUGAGGGAUAACCAGUGCGAUGGUAGUAUGGAUGACAAUGUGUUCACGUCCGGGCUGAUCGUGGGCGCAUGCUGCGUGCUGGGCAACGCAGCGUGCGCGGUGGUAUGCGGGCGCGGCGGGGCGCGCGGCGUGCGGCGCGCGGCGGCGGCGUGCGCGGCGGCGUGCGCGUGCGCGUGCGCGUGCCUGGCCGCGUGCGCGUGCGCCUGCGCCGCCAGUAGCAGGCUGGCCGUGGCGGCCGCUGCUGCGCUCAAUGCCGCCUCGCUCAACGGGAACGUAUUGCUGAUCAGGUUGCUGCUGCAUGCGCUGCCCGCUAAGUUGAGUGGUCUGGGGGUGUGUUGGGGCGCGUGGUGGGGGCGGGCCGGCGGCGUUGUCUCUAACCUCGCUGUGGGAGUCCUGCUCGACUAUUCCUGCCCGGCUCCAUUUAUAUCUGUGGCUGCUCUGCUUGCUGUAUCAAUUGGUGCCAUUAUGAUUAUCAGACUAGAAGAGAACAAAGAAGCAUCCCAGAGUACCGACGAUGGUGAAGACAAUGAGAAAAAUACUGGAUUAGAUAGGUACAUAUCUACUCAUAUGUAGUUAGAAUAGCCAAUUAGCACAAUAUUUCUCACUCGUUCUUCUAGAACGAGACGUACUAUUUUAAUUUCUCUCUGUUAUGUUAUAAACAGGUCGAUCUUCUCUAUGAGAGAAUAGCCAAUAACAUGCAUACUGCCAUACAGUUCUCUUUCGUCCUGGACAUGUAUCUUCAUAUAUUAAUUUUAUACUCGUAUCGCGUCCCGGAUCCUCUCGAUCUCAAACGAGACUAGCCAUUGAGCUGUAUAACUUCUGUUUUAGAUGCUUUAACCUGGUCUCUCGUUGUGGAUGUCAAAUAUUUGGUCAGUCGUUAGUACAUGAAAGUAAGUUUAUCAUAGAAUAAUGUAGUUGUAAUUAGAUAUUUAGCAAUUGUUAAUUGUGGAUGGUGAAAAAUGAAAAUGUGACGGAAUAAUAUGAUUUUCAUAUUUUUUUAUUAUAUAUAAUUACUUCUGCGGUUGCAUGCUUUAUAGCCAAUGGUUUUCUUAAACGUGUUAUGGUAUUUUUGCGUGGUCUAUUUACAUAUUCUUUUGCCAUCACAUUAUCCGGUAUCUAGAAAUGUUAUUACUGAUAUUUUCGUCAUUGAAUGAAAAAUAAUUUGAGUGAUGAUUUAAAAUGAAUGUUUUCAAAUAGAAUGGUACUUAAAGAUAAUACUAUGUGCCUACUUGUUGUGGAUGUGCCUAUAUUUAAAUAAAUAAGUAAAUAAAAAAAAGGUAAUAUAAUGUAAAAUAUUUGGUUUAUUUUUGUAAGUUGAAAUGUAGGAGAAUAUUUUUAAUAAAUCGAUAGAUGUGAAUUUAAAUAUUGGCAUUUAUAUUGAUUUUUAUAUUAAAUAUACUAAAAUAUUAGAUGAAAUAAAAAAUGUGUAAACAUUUUGUUAGAAUUUUUGUAGAAAUUCAUUUUUUUUUUUUUCAAAAUUGUCUGUUUAUUUCAUGUUAAAGUUAGUAACUUGAAACAUUAGUUAAUAAUUGAUAAUUAAAUUAUAAAGCCUGUUUUGUGAAUUUAUUUAUUACUAUAUUGGUUGAUAUACUGCCAUGGUGUUAGCGCUAGCGUAUAUGAAUUAUGGUGCUUUUUUAAAUAACAAGUAAUCGUUAAUAUAUUUUUGAGCUAUCCUAUCAUAAAAUUUUACGAAAUUAAUUUUAUUAUAUUAUUAUUUAGUCCAAUUUACUUUCAAAAUUAUCAUUACAUAUGUUUUUGAAUCUCAUAUCUAUUCAGGAUUACAUAACCGUGCUAUUUUAUGGAAAAUACAGAAAAAAUAUAGAGAAAUUUAGAUCUAUAUUUCUGGGGAAAAGAUGUUCUAUGAUUUUUUUUUUUAAUAUUUGCCAAUAUUGGAAGUUGCCUUGAUAUGUUCAUUCUAAGAUACCUACCUCUAUUUUCGAUUUACUUAUUUGUUGUUGUUGGUUUUACUGGUCAGAAUAAUAUUCGAACUUGGAUUUAGAUUUGGUAAUUUUAUUAUUGAUAAAAUUGUAACGGAAUUGUUUACCUAUACUGCUGUAUAAAAUAGGUAAUUUUUUUUUUUAAUAAUUUAAGAUACAAACAGCAUAACAAAAACUAUGGUCGGUUUAACACUUCACAUAUUUUCAGAAGAGUAAUGUUACGAAUUAUACUUUAUAUAUUUAUUACUUGUGAGCUUUUUUUAUAGAAAUUUGCUAUAGAGGCUUCUGACUGAGAAAUAAAACUGAAUUCAACUAUUUUCGAAUUGAUAUCUGUUUUUUUAGUUAUUGCAAGAAAAAGAAGUGGGGAAACUACUGGUUUACAAAAUCAACUAACACUUAUUUUUAAUAUAUGUAAUAUUAAAAAUAAUUCCACUGAGUUCCCACGGGAAUAACAGAUAUAGGGAAUUUGCACGGGAAACAGGUCACUUAUUUUUUAAAUAAAUAUCAAAUAUACUUUUCUAAAUGUAUUACUAAGCGUAAAACUCAAAUAGGCCAGACCAAUUUGGAUUAUGAAGAGAAAGGAAGGAUGUCCUCCAUAUUGGAAAAGUUACCCAUAAAUGCGAAAAUAUCCCAUUUUUACUUUUGCCCCUAAAACCUUUCCCAAUAGUAUUGGAAAGGUUGUCUGUAGGGUCUGUAAUAAAUAAAUAUUAUUAAGUGUAACUUGUUGAUACUUGUAAAUUUAUAAACAUUUUUGCUUGAGCACCUCUGUCCUAUUCGUUUUUCUACCGUGAAAUAGUUGUGUUUGCAUGGCUGUGUUUUGGUUUGAAGGAUGGGAUAUGGUAGUGAAUUUACAGGGUACAGAGGAAUAACACCUUAGUCCUCAGGAAUGGCAACGCAUGGGGGUAUCAUGGGCGAAACAGUAAACUCUGUUAUGUCCGUGGUACUGCUCAUGUAUAUAGGCGACGGUUACCACUUUCCAUCAGGUGGGCCGUCAGCUUGUUUUCUAUUCUAAGUUGCAUAAUUUUUUUUUUUAUUUUUAAUGUUUGAAUAAUGAAUGGGUGAAUGUAAAUUGGUGCUUUCAUGAAUAUAACAAUGUGAUAGAUAAGUAGUACUCAUUAUGUAUUUUUAUAUUCUACAUUCUGUUUAUAAUUAAACGGGAAGAUAUUGUGCCUUUUUUGUAAAUUAGUAUAAAUUAUGUGAAUGUUAGGUUAUUAGAAAAUAUGUGU